AGUGCUCCUCCUCCUGCUGUCCGUGUGUAUGUGUGUCUGUGUGUGCGUGUGAGCCUGCCUGUGUGUGUGUGCGUGUGUGUGUGCGUGUGUCUUUUGAAGGCACCUCUCAGGCCGCUGCUGUCUCCUCUGCCUGGAAGGAAGGAGAACAAUUCGUGACAAACAAAUAGAGGAAGGAAGGAAGGAAGGAAAGAAGGAAGGAAGGAAGAAAGAAAGGACAGUGUUGAGUCUCGCAGGUCACGCCAGCGUCUUGUAAACUGUAAAUUUGCUUGCUUCACCUGCCAAUUGUGAACCACCAAGCAAAAACCAAGCCAUCCUAUUGGUCAACAGGGGAUCACCAUCAGCCCUCCCAUUGGCCCAGAGCUUUGUGGAUUGUGAUUGGACAGCUGGCUGGCUGACCUGACCUGAUCUCAACCGAGCCAACAUGAUUUACGUUUUCCUCGUUGACACUGGCACCAUGAUGACCUUUGACAUGAACCUGGCACUAGAGAGUGUUGAGGUGUUGAAGGGUGCAAUACACAAUGCUGUCAAGGUGCCCCCAGACAAACAGGUGCUGCUGGCCUCUGGGGGUGAAACACUGGACUCCUGCAAGCGGGUAUGUCAUUACUCGGCCGGCACAGACACGUCCCCCAUCUUUCUGUUCUCCAAGGUGGCCAUUGAGGGAGCGGCUCCACCAACCCCUUCUGUGCAGCCUGGCGGGGACGGCAACCUCAGGACACAGGUGGAGGGGUGUCUCAACAUGCCAGCCACUUACAACACUGUGGUGGCGCGGACACAGUUAGCACAGCAGUUUUACGAGCACGCUAGUGAGGUCACCAGAACGUGUCGCCAACUUGUUCACGACCAGCAUCUGCAGCAACAAGGCUGGGCAGCAGUGGUGGCCAACUUGGAGGACAUUGUGGCAGCCUUCAGAACAAGACAUGACGCAUUCCAGCAAAAUUUUGUGGAGUAUCUCAGUGGCCGGGAGGAGAAGGUCGCCCUGCUUCAGUCUUUUGAAGAGGACCUUAAGCUACCGGCAAGGAUUCCAGUCUUCCCUGAACUCUUGGGGAAGACACAAGAGGAAGAGGAAGAGGAAGAAGCUGGGAAGAAGAGGAGGACAAGCACAGCACAGAAGAAAGAGGAGGAGGAAGAGAAGGAAGAGGAGGAGAAGGAGGAGGAGGAAGAGGAGGAAGAGCAGGAGGAGGAGAAAAGAGGAGGAGAAGGAGGAGGAGGAGGAGAAGGAGGAAAAAGAGAAAUGAGGCAAGUGUCACUGCUGGACUGGAUCAGCGCCAAGGACAGCCAAAGUGACGUCAGACAGAUUGCCCAACUCUGCUGCAGGGGACUGGCUCAGAUCAGUGAGGGGCUGCUGGAACAAGUGGGGCAAGAGGUCAGCGCUGUGCUUCGAGAGGCAGACCGGCCACAGAUGAAGGAGGUGAAGGGGCUUGGUGAGCGCCUGUGUGGCCUGGAGCAGCUCAUGCAUGAUGCUGCCUACGUGGUGCAGGAGCAGAGCAAUUUCUCACAGGCUCUGUUGAAGAACCAGGAGAGGGCAGGGAAGGUGAAUGACCCAUCUAUAUUCCCUGACCUCUGCACUUCACACCGCAAGAAUUUGAUGCACAUGUUGAAAAACCAUCAAAAGCUGCAAGACAUCAAAAGGAGAUGCAUCAAGACAAAGGAAGAGCUGUUGGAGAAUUUGCACAUUAGAUUGAAGUGGAUAAUGUAUAUAGAGAGGCGCCUGUACGAGGCGGACACGCGCGUCUCCAUGCAUCAAGAGAGUGUUCGGUGCCUGGCUGGACUCCUGCAAGUGGUGGAGCAGAUUCACCGCGCCCCGAGGGUCUAUGCCGCAGCCGUCACGGAGGUGGCUCGACCGGCACGCCUUCUCCAGGGCCUUCCUGCAGGUGAACUAAGGAUCAGAGAAGGUGGGCGUCUGAGCUGAGCAGCCAGAGUGGAGAGGUGUGGAGGCGCGAGGUGGAGGCAAGAAGAGGCUUUUCCCAAGACUUCUCCACCCACUUCCUAGCCUCUCUCUUUCCUGGUAUGGAAGAUCUGCCCCCUAAUUUUGCAACCUCUCUACCAUCCCAGUUUGACAUGGCUCUCCCUAAGGUUACCAAAGAAAACAUAGAUGAACUGAGAAGACUGCUGCCGGAACUUUCUCACUGUCUGGUCAUUGGUGAGGUUCUGGCGGUUCCUCCUCUGCUUCGCCAUUUCACAGCCGCUCUCAAUACACAGGAGGAGAGGAGGAGGAGGAGGAGGAGGAGGAUGAAGAAGAACGAGGAGCAGGAAGACAAGGAGCAGGAGGAGGAGGAGGAGGAGAAAGAGGAGGAGGAGGAAAAGGAAGGCUCUAGGAGAUUACAAGAAAAGACAAGCACACAAGAUUAUGAGAUGAAAGAAGAGGAGGGAGAGGAGGAGGAAGAAGAAGAAGAGGAGGAGGAGGAGGAGGAGGAGGAGAAGAGGGGCUCUGUGAAGACCAAACAGCAUUUUACAGCUCUUCCUGACUACCCAAAGCACAUCAAACUGGACAAGCACAGUUUUGAAGAAGAGGAGGAGGAAGAGGAAGAGGAAGGAGGAGGGGGAGGGUUAGGUGUGGCCCUCCCUCCCCCUCCCACACCACUGCAGUCCCAGCCUCUGAUUGGCCAGCUCUCAGCCAAUCAAGAGAGAGACUUUAUGGCCUUGCAGGUUGAAUUGAGUGAAGCAAGAGUGGAAGUAGAGAGGCUGAGAGACAGACUGGGACAACUUGGUGAUUUGAAGGGACAAGUGAAUGCACUGAGAGAGAAGGUGAAGGUGGAGGGCAGUUCCUACCUGUCGUAUGUGUCUCAGGUGUCGUCGUCAAUCUUGGACUUGAUCUUCCAGAUACAAGACGAGAACACAAGCAAGAGGAAGGAGGAGGAGGAAGAGGAAAGGAAGAGAUCGGACAGCCUUCACCAGCAGCUGACAGAGACCCAACACAAGCUGGCAGACACUCAACACAAGCUGGCAGACACACACAGACUGGCUGAUGUUUAUAAAGGCCAGUUGGAAGAUGCUCACAGGGAGAUUGAAAUAUAUAUGGACCAAUUGCAUAGACAAGAACAAAGCCUACAGCAAGCAGCAACGGAAGCAGAGGAGGCAAGACAGAAGAUGGAGGAGGAGAGGAAGAAGGAGGUGGAGGAGGUGGAGGGAAGGUGGAGAGAGAAGAUGAAGCAAGCCACUCUAGAACAUGAACUGGAGAUGGAAGAGUUAAGACAGCAGUUAGGAACAGUGAAGGAGACACUGGUGGCCGGCCUAGAGGGAAGAGUGGAGGAGAAAGUAAGGGAGCAACUUCAGCAAGAAAAAGAAAGAAUUGUAAAGAUUUUGGAAACAAGUUUUGUAGAGAGGGAAAGAAAUGCACUGGAAAUUUUGAAGGCAGAGCUGCUGGAAAGGUUGAGGCAGGAGAAGGAGGAAGCAGUGGAAGAAGAAGGGAACAAGAUCAGAGCUGAGUGGAAGAAAGAUUUGCAUAGGAAAGAAGAAGAAAUGAAGAGAGAAAGACAAGAAUUUCUGGAGAAUGAGAGGAGACACUGGGAGAAGGAGAAGGAAGAGGAAGUGCAGAGGAAACUUGCUCUUGUGGUGGAGGAAGGCCGAAGGGAACUGGAGGAGGAGAGAAAGAGACACAGGCUGGAGGUUGAAAACAUAAGGUCUAGAUUUAGAAUGAUGACAACAACCACAGCCACCACCAGCACCUCCCCCACUAGUCUGCCUUUCUCUUCAAGUCCCAGCGAGGAGCACCCGCCCUCCUCCCCACCCUCCUCUCUCAACAGAUGGGAGGUGAGAGGGAGAGAAAGAGACAAAGAGAGAAAGAGGGAGAGGACACCCACAAUUCACACUGGAAAUGUUCUGUCUUACUCUAAUGCCUCUCUUUAAUUGCUCAGGGCCUGGACAGUCUGAAAGAGGAACUGAUGAAAGAGAGAGAGAUAGAGAUUGAAGAGAGAAUUGCAAGUGUAAGAGAGGAAGAAAGGAGGAAAUUAGAUGACGAAAAACAGAUGGAGUUUGCAGAAGCAAUGAAAGCUUUGGCGCAGGACAAGGAAAGGGUUAUUGAAGAUUUGAAGAUUAGGAUUCAGCUUCUAACAGAUGAGUGUGACAGAAGAAGAGGAGGAGGAGGAGGAAGGGAAAAAUGUUGGAGGACAGAUAUUGCAAGAAAAUGUUGAAUUGAAGAAUCAGAUCACCUCACUGCAGAAACAAGUCAGAAAUUUGGAAACUGAACUGGCAAGAGCAAAACGGUUUUCAUUUGUGACGCAGCAGAGCACCACCACCACCACUGCCACCACCGCCACCGCUGCUGCUGCUGCCACCGACAUGACGGCCUCCACAGCCUCAAUGACUGUUAAUGAAGACACAAGAGAGAAUUUGGUACGUUAGGUUAGGUUUACCAGUGUCUCUCUUCUGAAUCACUGUGCUUUGUCACUGCCACUGUUUUGCAAGGCCACAGGGAUGUUUAGCUGGGUUCUCAAGAGUGUUUCUCCUACACAAAUGUUGUUAAUCUGUCACUGGAACCAUAAAAACACCCUUGAAAACCUGCAUUUUAAAAGAGUGUUUCUCCUGUCAUUAAUGCAGAAAUGAACACCCUUGAAAACACAGGUCACUUCAGUUAGAGCAUUUUAAAAGAGUGUUUCUCCUGUCAGUAAUGCAGAAAUGUUGUUGAUCUGUCGCAGAAAUGUUGUUAAUCUGUCGCAGAAAUGUUGUUAAUCUGUUGCAGAAAUGUUGUUAAUCUGUUGCUAGAACCAUAAAAACACCCUUGAAAACCCA